AUGGUGAGUUUGGAUUUUAUUGUUGUUUUCCUGCUGAUCCCAGUGGCAGCCUGCUCCCAGGUGUUUCUUCCAGUAGACUGCUACGACUUGUAUAACAGAGGUUUUGGUCAUAGUGGAGUGUACAGUAUUUACCCAGCAGGACCAAUCUCUCCAGUCCAGGUCCACUGUGACAUGGGCUGUGAGGGUGAACCUGACAGUGGUAAAUGGACAGUCAUUCAGAGAAGAAUGGAUGGCAGCGUUAACUUUUACCGUGGAUGGGACCAGUACAAGACUGGUUUUGGACAAGCAUCUGGAGAAUACUGGCUUGGUCUGGAGAAUAUUCAUCUCCUUACUCAAAGGAAGAGUUACGAACUGAGCAUAGAAAUGGAGGACUUUGAGGGGGCAAAGGCUUAUGUCCACUACUCUUCAUUUUCUGUUGGUCCAGAGCAGGAGGGCUACAAGCUUAGCUUUAGUGGCUUCAAAAAUGGAGGAGCUGGACUUUCACUGACUGAGCAUGAUGGUCAGAAGUUCUCAACAUUUGACAAAGACCAGGACACUCACUCUUCAAAUUGUGCUAAGACCUACCUGGGUGGAUGGUGGUAUGGUGAAUGCCACAGUGCCAACCCUAAUGGGAUGUACUUAUGGGGCAGUUCAAUCUACGGGAUUGGAAUUAACUGGGUGUCUUGGAAAGGAUAUGAAUAUUCUUUGAAAGCUAUUGCGAUGAAAAUACGACCAAAAGCAUAA